AUGCAUACCGACUUUGAAUCGCUAUAUGAACGCCUUGGCUUAUCUCGUACCGCCUCGCGGGCCGACAUUAAGAGAAAGUACCGGAAGCUGGCCAAAGAACUUCAUCCAGAUCAGAAUGCAGCUCCAGAAGCCAAUGAACAAUUCCGCAAAGUGGCCGAGGCCUAUGAGUGCCUAAAUGAUCCAGAGAAACGAAAACGCUAUGACGAAAUGGGCAUGGACGGUUGCAAGGACGGCGAGCAGCAUGUAGACCACAAUCCCUUCGCGCAUUUCUUUGGCUCCAUGUUUGGUGGUCAUACUCAAGAAGAGGAGGGCGCAAAACGUGGGGCCGAUGUCAUUAUGAAUUUGCCGGUGACUCUCGAGGAGAUUUACAGCGGCAACUUUGUAGAGGUUAUCCGUUGCAAGUCCUACAAAAAGCCGAGCUCUGGAACCAGGCAGUGCAAUUGUCGGAUGGAGAUGAAAACCACACAAGUGGGUCCGGGACGUUUCCAAAUGACCCAACAACGUGUUUGUAGCGAAUGCCCCAACUUCACGUAA